AUGUCUGCUCAUAGCACGGCUACAAGCCACCAACCCAACAUGAAGCAAUCCACGAAUCCGAGCCCGGAGAAGUCUUCCGACGCCCACGAGGAUGAGAAAUUGACAUUCGAGUUCGGAGGUGCGCCGGGGGUUACCAUGCUGAUGCUUGGAUUCCCCCUCCUCAUGUAUUACAUGUUCAUAGGCGCGACCUUGUACGACGGCCACCUCCCCUUGCCCGAUAAGAACCAAUCUAUUACCGACUUCCUCUUCCACCUCGUUGACCUCGCCUAUACGCAUGCCUAUCCCCACCGCAAGGCAUGGAUAAUAUACUGGACCUUCCUUGUCCUCGAAGGAUUCGGGUAUCUGUACCUCCCCGGCGUAUACGGCAAGGGAAAAUGCCUUCCCCAUCUGAAUGGAAAGCAGCUGGAUUACUACUGCUCCGCGGCAGCGUCGUGGUAUGUUACCAUCGCUGCUGCAUUGGUCCUCCACUUUUCCGGUCUCUUUCGUCUGAGUACGCUCGUCGAUGAGUUCGGUCCGUUGAUGUCUGUGGCUAUCUGCUCUGGCUUUCUGGUCUCGAUUCUCGCGUACGCAUCUGCCUUGCUACGAGGUGCUCAGCAUCGGAUGACGGGAUCCCACGUUUAUGAUUUUUUUAUGGGCGCAGAGCUCAACCCUCGCUUGUUCCAGUGGCUUGAUAUGAAGAUGUUCUUCGAAGUUCGCAUACCCUGGUAUAUUCUGUUUUUGUUGACGCUUGGGACUGCGUUGAAGCAGUGGGAAGACCACGGGUUCGUCUCUGGGGAAGUUUCAUUUCUGCUUUUGGCACACUUCUUGUAUGCAAAUGCAUGUGCUAAAGGGGAAGAAAUGAUUAUCACGAGCUGGGAUAUGUAUUACGAGAAGUGGGGAUUUAUGCUCAUUUUCUGGAACCUUGCUGGUGUUCCCAUGAGUUACUGCCAUUGCACUCUAUACCUGGCGAGCCACGAUCCGUCAACUUAUAAGUGGAACCCUAUAGCACUGGGCGUGCUAUUUGUGAUGUAUAUUUUUGCAUACUGGGUAUGGGACACGUGCAACAGCCAGAAGAACCUCUUCCGAGCUCAGGAGAGAGGAAAGCCUGUGAAUCGAAAGACCUUCCCUCAGCUACCGUGGAAAUCGGUGAAGAACCCUGUCUGCAUAAAGACAAAAACAGGAGAUUCCAUCCUGUGCAGUGGGUGGUAUGGAAUGGCACGUAAGGUCCAUUACAGCUGUGACUGGUUUUUCGCUUUCUCCUGGGGCCUUAUUACUGGCUUUAACUCGCCAUUCCCCUGGUUCUACUCGUGCUUCUUUACUGUUAUGAUCAUCCAUCGUGCUCUGCGGGAUAUUGAACGUUGUCGCGAGAGAUAUGGAGAAGCUUGGCGCGAGUAUGAGCGGAGGGUCCCGUACCUGUUCAUUCCGUAUGUCUUCUAA